AUGCCCAGGCUACAGCAAAGGAAACCAGGUACCCGCAUCAAGCGCAAGGCAACCAGAGCUCACCGCGGCACUAGGACGAAGAUGACGCCAACCUCCUAUUUGGCUCUGACCCACAGAACCCAGCAUCAGAUCCCCAAACAGGCCGAAAAGCGAAUAGAUGGCGCUCUGAGACACAUACCACGUGCCACAAUAUGCAGAUACUCUCCCGCGAUCCCGAACAGGGGCAGGGACUGUAGAUGCUACACCCCACUGCAGCCCAGUGGACAUGUUACAGAUCCAGAAUAUGUACAGCCACAGAUGGGCAUUGGUUAG